GCAACUCGGUGGGAGGCGACGUCAGCACGAGCUCUAUCGGUUUCUUCUCUGACAGACAGCGUGGAAAGAUGGUGCUCGACUUGGACCUGUUUCGAACCGACAAAGGCGGCGACCCCGAAGUCGUCCGUGAGACACAAAGAAAGAGGUUUAAAGAUGUUACCCUGGUUGACAAGCUGGUGGCCGCAGACACCGAGUGGAGAAAAUGCCGCUUCACUGCAGACAACUUGAACAAAGCAAAGAACCUUUGCAGCAAAAGCAUCGGGGAAAAAAUGAAGAAGAAGGAACCAGUUGGAGAGGAUGAGGCUGUUCCUGAAGAAGCGCAGAACCUGGAGUCUCUUACGGCUGAAGUUCUGUCGGCCCUGACAGUAACCCAGAUUAAAAAAGUGCGUUUGUUGGUGGACGAAGCGAUAGAGAAGACGGACAGUGAGAGGGUAAAGCUGGAGGCGGAACGUUUCGAGUACCUGAGAGAGAUCGGCAACCUUUUGCACCCGUCUGUACCCAUCAGCAAUGAUGAGGAUGCAGACAACAAAGUGGAGCGUACCUGGGGUGACUGCACUGCCCAGAAGAAGUACUCCCAUGUUGACCUGGUGGUCAUGAUCGAUGGUUUUGAUGGCGAGAGGGGAGCAAUUGUAGCUGGCAGCAGAGGUUAUUUUCUCAAGGGUCCCCUGGUGUUCCUGGAGCAGGCUCUGAUCAAUUAUGCCUUAAGGAUCCUCUACAGCAAGAAUUACACCAUGCUCUACACACCUUUCUUCAUGAGGAAGGAGGUCAUGCAGGAAGUCGCCCAGCUCAGCCAGUUCGAUGAGGAGCUUUACAAGGUCAUCGGAAAGGGAAGUGAGAAAUCAGAUGACAGUUCCAUAGAUGAGAAAUACCUCAUCGCCACCUCAGAGCAGCCCAUCGCCGCCUUCCUGAGGGAAGAAUGGCUCAAACCAGAGGACCUGCCCAUCCGCUACGCCGGCUUCUCCACUUGCUUCAGACAGGAAGUGGGCUCCCAUGGCCGAGACACCCGUGGGAUCUUCAGAGUGCACCAGUUUGAGAAGAUUGAGCAGUUUGUCUAUGCCUCCCCGCAUGACGGCAAAUCAUGGGAGAUGCUCGAUGAGAUGAUAGGAACAGCAGAAGAGUUCUACCAGUCGCUGGGAAUUCCUUAUCGUAUUGUCAACAUUGUCUCUGGUGCCCUGAACCACGCAGCUAGUAAGAAGCUGGAUCUGGAGGCCUGGUUCCCCGGCUCAGGGGCCUUCAGAGAGCUGGUCUCCUGCUCAAACUGCACAGACUACCAGGCCAGGCGGCUGCGCAUCCGCUACGGACAGACCAAAAAAAUGAUGGACAAAGCAGAGUUUGUGCACAUGUUGAAUGCAACCAUGUGCGCCACCACACGUGUAAUGUGCGCCAUCCUGGAGAACUACCAAACUGAAGAAGGAAUCAUUGUUCCAGAGACGCUCAGGGAGUUCAUGCCUCCUGGUUUGACAGAGAUCAUUAAGUUUGUCAAGCCAGCUCCCAUUGAUCAGGAAAUGUCCAAGAAAUCAAAGAAACAGCAGGAAGGAGGGAAGAAGAAGAAGCAGGGAGGAGGCGGCGGUGACCAGAACCUGCCCGAUGCCAUAGAGAACAUGUCCGUGAACGAUUCAUAGACCCCGGCACACAGCAGCAGUGUCGCCUCACCAGCCUCACAGAUGCACACUAAUAGAACAGAGCAUUGCGUGAA